AUGCUAAUGAUGAAAAUAUGUAUAAUGCCAAUUUUAAUCUAUUAUUUCAACAAUGUAUCUUUAGGAUUACUACAAGCAAAUUUAUUAACUAAACAUAAGGAAUUACUAAAAAAAAUUAAUAAAAUGUUUAAUGGCAAGCAUGGUGAUGAAGUUCUUUUAAAUGUCAAUGAAUAUGAAUAUCCGAAAACUAACAAGACUUUAAGACAACUACACAAACAACAAUGGCUAGAUUAUUACAAGUGUCUGAAAGAAAUAUACGCAGAUAUAAAGCAAGACAGAAUUAUUUAUCCGAGUGCGCUCAUAGCGCUCGAGGGAACAUCCGUAACUUUAGAAUGUCAAAUCUGCAUCUCGCCACUGGAAAUGUAUAUGACUUCUCUAAUAGAAUGGUACUUUAACAGCAGCAGCAGCAGCAACAAUAAAAGCAGUAAAGUUAAAGAUGUGCUAUAUAAUGGGAAUCGCAUUGUCAAUUCACCAGAUAACCGAUACAUCAUGUACAAUGUUAAGUUAGAGCAAGCUGGAGCUUAUUGGUGUGAAAUAGGACAUACUAUAGGAUCAAUUUAUUAUUUACAUGUCGAUAGUAAUAUGGAAACGGUUAAUGUAUAUCCGGAUAGAGCGCCUUAUACAUUGCAAGCAACAUUGAAAAAUGUGUCAGAAUACAAGUUGAAAGUUUAUACCACUUGGACAACGUGGAGUUCUUGUUCCACAUGCGAUACAGUUGGGAUAAAGUUGCGAUACGGUUAUUGCACCGUUUCCCUUUUCGAAAUGUCAGAUAACAAAUCUUUUAUUAACAAACGUGCAUCGAUAAUGAAUAAAUUACAACAUAUGAAACGAGAUAUAAAGAAAGAACAAGUGCGACUAAUUCCCGUUAUCAAAAAUAAAAAAAUUGAAAUUGUGAGACAAUAUUGCAAGAGAUGAUGUAGAGUUAAUGUGAUAUUAAAAAUUUGA